AUGUUCAUGCUCCGAAACCUCAGUAAAUUUGUCUUUGGCGACAGCUCCAAGGAAACCAUCGUCGAAAUCGCCCAGGGCCAGCUUUACCUCGUCCGACCCCGCUCUGUCAAGGGAUACUCGGAGCUUAUAUUCAAGGACGCUGCAGCUACCAUCCGCCGCACCGGGCAGGAGUUCCAGUACCAGCUCGUUAUCCAGCGCGCAUACGAGGAAGGCGAGGAGGACUUGCUAGCCGAAGAGAACGAGGACGCGGCACUUGACGCGCUUGCCGGCGACAAGGACGAAAAGACGUUCCUGCUCGACGAAGACCUCCAGUUCCGCGACGACGUCCGCUCCACCGGCGAAAAGAUCUUUGCGUGGCGCGAUCUCAGCGGCGACGUCGACGACCUCUGGGAGUUUGUGUGCGACCCGUCAGUCAAACCCGAGACCGCCUCUUUGUUUGAGCGCGUGGCUCUGCAGUGCCAGUACGAGAGGAAGUUCCGGAGAAGCCACGAACACGCGACCGAGGACGACCUCGCUGCCCUAGCCUACUACGAGGAGCCCAUCCCUGACGCGAGCCCCAUCGCCAGCCCGACCCUUUCCAACGCCCGCGCCCUACCCGUCGAACCUCCCACUACCGAAGAGCUGUUCCCCAAUACAACCAAGGAAAAGAUGGCCAAGAAGGUUGCAGGCAAGGGCACUGUCCCGGAGCAGGAGGAUGCUACGGCCGCGCCGCCCUCUGCCGCCCAGCCCCAGGCUCUCGAGACCCUGGUCGAAGGAGACGCGGAGCUUCAUCUCUUCGACUUCCCCUCUGGCACCUUCAUGAAGCAAGACGACAAAGUCAGUGUCACAGUUACCGAGAUUGGCGACUGGAACUACUGGCUGCACAUUGCUGGCGAAGAGCGCGAGUGGCUGGGACAGCCCAUCGUCGAAGACAUCAAUCCAGUCUUCAACUACGAAUACAAGUCUUUUAUCUUCAACCACUACCUUGACGACGGCUCGGCGUACUCAUGGCUAUUGAAGUUCAAGGACCAGGACGAGCUCGAGAACAUUCAGCAAGGUGUCAUGCAAGCCCUCUGGGAGCACUUGAACAAGGUCAAAUGGGGCAAGGCAAAGGACACCGAUCGAGAGUACGUCUUAGAGGCCUUCCAGGACUUGACUAUGGAGGAUGCGCCAGACGAGGAGCCAGAAGAGGAAGAAGAGGAGGACGAGGAAGAAUACGAGAGCACCAACGAGCAGCGGAGCGAGCACUACGACUCUGAUGAGUCCGAGGAUGACGUCGAGACUGGUCCCACCGACGGAGACCAAAACUCGCAGCUAGCGGUUGGCUACAAACACGACAGGUCGUUCGUUGUGCGUGGAAACAAGAUCGGUGUCUUCAAGCAUACCCCGGAAAACCAGCUGCAGUUCUCCACAACUAUUUCCAACAUCAAGACACCGGGAGGCAAGGCUUUCAACCCGAACAAGGUUAUGCUGCACCAGCAGGAUCGCGAUAUGAUUCUUCAGAACUUGGAGAACCCAAACAAUCUCUACCGAAUGGACCUUGAGACUGGUACCGUUGUAGAUGAGUGGAAGGUGCACGACGACAUUCCCGUCAAGGUCUUUGCGCCAGAGAACAAAUUUGCCCAGAUGAGCGGCGAGCAGACCUUCCUGGGUCUCUCCGACAACGCGCUCUACCGCGUCGAUCCUCGUUUGGCCGGCAACAAGCUAGUCGACGACCAGCUCAAGCAGUACGCUACCAAGAACGCGUUCUCCGCCGCUGCGACUACCGAAAAGGGACACAUUGCUGUUGCGUCCGAGAAAGGAGACAUCCGUCUCUUUGACAGACUCGGCAUCAACGCCAAAACUCUCAUUCCCGCGCUCGGUGACCCAAUCAUCGGCAUGGACGUCUCAGCCGACGGUCGCUGGGUCCUCGCCACCACGCGAACCUACCUCCUCCUCAUCGACGCCCUCCAAAAGGGCGGCAAAAACGACGGCAAACUCGGUUUCGAAAAGUCCUUCGCCAAAGACGACAAGCCCCAACCCCGCCGUCUCGCCCUCACACCCGCCCACGUCGCCCAAUUCCAACACGAGACAAAAGCACCCAUCUCCUUCACCACCGCCCGCUUCAACACGGGUCUCGACGACAAGGAAACCACCAUCAUCAGUGCCACCGGCCCUUUUAUCGUUACUUGGAGUAUGAAGAAGGUGCUGGCUAAUCGCAAGGAUCCUUACAAUAUCAAGCGCUACUCCGAGGAAGUCAAGGCCGAUAACUUCAAGUUUGGCUCUGACAAGAACCUUAUCGUCGCGCUGCCGAAUGAGGUCGACAUGGUGGCUAAGCGUGCGUUGCAGCGGCCGACACGCGAGAGUAUCGCUAUGCCGAGUCGGGUUGGGGCGGGCAGGAAGAGCGGAGUACGCGGAAGCUAUCUCGGUAGAAACGAGAUUGUGAAUAGCCCGUACUAG